GUGGUGGCGGGGCUCGGUGUGCAUUUGUCCGCCUCGGCCUGUCUUGCUGGGAAGGGUAGAGAGGCGGGGACGGUAGGGUGUAGCAAGGUAGAAGACGUGAAACCACCCCAAGGGAAUGUAAAAGUUUUGAAGGCUGAAAUCUCCCGCGAGACGCAAGACGGACAGACCUGCAUUAAUCACAUCGUUUCUCAUGGAAGCAGAUGGAUUCGUGAGGAGGCGUCGGAUGACAGCGGAGACUGCAGGCAACGAUCCCGGGGUUGCUGGAGCCUCUGCCGGGGCAGAAGUUAGAUGGCUGGGGGGCAGAUUCUGGGGUGUUUCAGAAAGCAUCGUGGGAAGCCUGACACCCCGGAUCGGAGGCGAAGCGGAGCUGCAGACUGUCGAGUUUAGCCGCAGUGCACAGGAUGCACAGACAGAGGACUGUGAACCAGACUAUGAGGGUUUGCCACAGGGAGCCUCCACUAGCACCCACAUGUUGGCUGGAGCCGUGGCCGGGAUCAUGGAGCACUGCCUCAUGUUCCCCAUCGACUGUGUUAAGACACGGAUGCAGAGCCUCCAGCCCGACCCCGCAGCCCGUUACAGGAACGUGAUGGAUGCCCUGCGCCGAAUCGUAGCCACGGAGGGAGUGUGGCGACCAAUGAGAGGCCUGAACGCCACGGCUAUUGGGGCGGGGCCCGCCCACGCCCUCUAUUUUGCCAGCUAUGAGAAACUCAAAAAGACUCUAAGUGAUGUCAUUCAUCCAGGGGCUAACAGUCAUUUGGCUAAUGGGGCAGCUGGGUGCGUGGCCACGCUGCUUCACGACGCAGCCAUGAACCCAUCCGAAGUUGUGAAGCAGCGCAUGCAGAUGUAUAAUUCGCCCUACCGUGGCGUGUUGGACUGUGUACGCGCCACUUGGCAGAAAGAGGGCCCGGCUGCGUUCUACCGCAGCUACACCACCCAGCUCACCAUGAACGUGCCCUUCCAGGCCCUCCACUUCAUGACCUACGAGUACCUCCAGGAGCUGCUCAACCCCCACAGACAGUACAAUCCCUCGUCCCACAUGUUGUCCGGGGCGCUGGCCGGAGCGAUCGCGGCCGCCGCCACGACGCCUCUGGACGUCUGCAAGACCCUGCUCAACACCCAGGAGUCCCUGACCCUCGGCUCCCCGGCCCCGAGCCAAGGCCUCGCCAAAGGCCAAGGAGCCCACAGACAUAUCUCAGGCCUGGCCCACGCCUUCCGGACGGUUUACAGGCUGGGCGGCCUGCAGGGCUUCUUCAAGGGAGUCCAAGCGAGGGUCAUCUACCAGAUGCCCUCAACAGCCAUCAGCUGGUCGGUCUACGAGUUCUUUAAGUACGGACUCACCAAACACCAGCACGACAAGAGGAGAGCGCAGCACAUGGAGGCUGAGAUGUAGAAGCUGCCUCGAUUUAAUCUCCUCUAAUAUUCUCUGCGUGGAGAUGUUAAUGCGCACAUAGUAUCUGACUAAAAAUCCACCUCAGUCGUCCCAUCUCUGUCAGGCAUAGCUGAUAAGAAAGACAUCUUCAAAGGCAGUUCGAGCAAUUAUAUUUCUGUACCACUAUUCCUAGAGUACUCGCCUCUCUUAGGAGAAAUCAUCUACACAGUAUUAUAUACCUAGUUCACCUGAGACUUUUAAGCUGUUCGAGUAAUCAUCAUGUCUGAGGAGAAAUGUGAACAAGUCACAAGUUAGGGUAGUCAGCAGAGGGCGGUAGUGUUACUUUGUUAACUCUCGUUCCAUAAACUUUGCUGUUCAACGACCUGAGCUUUGAGUCUGCAGACAAAGACGACUCGUAACUGAUCCAGACCCCUCAAGACGGAGAGAAGACUUUGAUAAGUCCUUUAUCCAGAAUGUAUCAGUUAUUUUUUAUCCACACAAAAUAAUUCAGCCAUUUUGUACCCAAAGAAAAUGAAGGGAAUGUCAGCACAUUGAAUUUAUCACACCCGGCCGAACUGGAAGUUGUUGAGAGGAGAAGUAAAUAACUUAACUCGGCUCUGGAUCAGGGUUGCCUAUUGGUUUUGCCGUCAGAUGCGACUAACCAUUUUUUUUUUUAUCUUAAUUGAAUGUCAGGUCAAAGUUCAAGAGGAUUUAAUUGGACAGAAAUCUACCAAUUUUAAGUAGGUUUGAGGUAUCGGGUGUAUGUUUAAUUUAUUUUUCAGUCCAUUGUUUUUUUUUUUCUCCCCUAUACUUCAUUUACCUGUUUGACAGAGCAGACAAUGUCCAUUUCUGUGCAUCAGCUGUAGCUUCCAGUGAACUACUGAGUUUCAAUAUUUGUGCUCAACAGCAAAGAUUCAAAACACUGUGCCCAAAGGAUGACUUAAACUAUCAAGGGGUUAUAUAUAUAUAUAUAUAUAUAUAUAUAUCUCCCCCCAAUCUGUAUGUCUGUACCCACAGUGAGUACUUAAAUGGAAGCUGUCGUUCUUAUUGAUUGAUGUCUGAUUGUUUCUGACACUGAAUUGCACUCGUUGAAUAAAGACUUCAGCGGCGGUGGCCCUGCUCGCCGCUCAUAAAACACGUAA